AUGAAAGCUUUUGAUUCAAUUGAUUUCUUUCAAGUUUCAAAACAAGGGAGAAAUCAGAUUGUCAAAAAGGAAAUUCAUGAAGGGCAGGGGCAGUGGUGCAAAGGAACAAAGGAUGGGCAGAUGCAGCCAAACAAGCCUAUGCUCAUGACUUCAUUUCUUCUCUACCUGAAGGCUAUAACUGGGCCAUUAGUAGUCAACAGUCUACUUAAUGAGUCAAUGCAAUAUCAUUCUUUAAAAUUGCCUCCAACAUUGUCAUGCCAAGAGGCGCCAAAAAAGCCAGCUGCUGUUGCAAAGAAUGGUGUUGUUGCAGCCACCAAGAAAGCCAAGUGA